CCUGCCCUCCCCUCCGUGACUCAGGCCUCAGGCCCUCCUGGCACUCAGGGGCGGGGAGCAGGAGGGGCCAGGUGGUGACAUCAGACUGGGGUACAAAAGCUGCAGCAUAACAGCUAAGCGGGAAGGCAACCUGACUGCGUGCUCUCAGCGGCCACUCAAGCUAUAACCCACGGAAUCCCCUGCACCAAGGCAGCCACUGCCUCCAUGCUGGGUUUCCCCUGCCUCUUGUGGCUCCUGGCCGGGACCUUCUCCCUGGCUGCCGGGGCCCCCCAGGACCCUGGAGAGGAGGACGCCGUGGCCGCACCUCUGAGGCCUGCGCUCUGUGACUACGACCGGUGCCGCCACCUGCAGGUGCCGUGUGAGGAGCUGCAGCGCGCUGCGCCCGUAGCCUGUCUGUGCCCCGGGCUAUCCAGCCCGGCCCGGCCGCCCGCCCCGCCGCGCCUGGGUGAGGUGCGCGUGGAGGCAGAGGACAGCCGCGCGGAGGUGCACUGGUGCUCCCCGGCCUCGCCCGUGCACCGCUACCACCUGCUGCUCUGGGCGGGCCCUGGGCUGCCGCACCAGGGGCCCGCCCUCAACGCCACCGUCCGCAGAGCUGAGCUCGGGGGGCUGCGGCCCGGGGCCGCCUAUGUACUCUGCGUGGUGGCCGCCAACCAGGCUGGGGAGAGCUGGACUCCCCGGGUGGGGCGCGAGGACCCUGCCCCAGCAGCCUUCCCCACCUUCGGGCCCUGUGGCCGGUUCUCCGUGCCCCCCAGGCCCAGCUCCCUGGUGCACACAGCCAUCGGGGUGGGCACCGCCCUGGCCCUGCUGAGCUGCGCCGCCCUGUUCUGGCACUUCCACCUGCGCCAGCGCUGGGGCUGCCCGAAAGGCCACCAAACCACGGCCUGAGCCCUGGGCUCCCUCCCCACGGGGCUGAGGGAUCUCGGGGCAGCUGGGAAGCAGAGAGGCAGGGCACUUCCGGUGGACCCUGAGGCCCCGUGUGUUGGAGGGGGUGAAGCUGAGAAUCCAACCCCCGGAAACCGCAGCCGCCAACAACCCCUCCACCCCCUGGGCUGCGCUGGCCAAACUGUCGCCCCCAUUAGCCUCUGCCACCGCAGCCUCCCAGGGGACUUUGAGGAAGGCUUCAGCGGGAAGCAUGGGGCUGGGUUCCCUACUUCUGCAGUUACCAGGCUGAGCGGAUGUGCAGCGGCCUGCCCUAAAGAGGGCCAGAGGCCAGAGCCGCAGUCUGGCACAAGUCUGUCACCUUACUAUUUAAAACAAAGGAAACCAUAGUUAUCCCUGAUGGUGGUGGGGUAUGUGAACACAAUUAAGGUGAGCGAUGUACUGGACCAACUCCCCAUGAUGAAUGCAGUCAUUACUACAAACAUGGACUGACAAGAAUAAAAACAACAGUUAAACCAUCA